GGGUGACAGUAAGGCAUCAGUUUUUCGUCGACCAGUGUACGACGACCUAGCAGAACAGACUUCUAGCGUGGAAAUCGAUCCAACCCAGCUGCUCACCAAUGAGAAGUUUACUCGUGUUGGCUGUCCUCGUGACGGCCUCCCAGGCGUACUCGGUGUUCCAGAACCCACCGUGCUCGGGCACCACGCCCUGCCUGAUCAACUGCGUGCAGAACUCGCGCUGCCCGAUCUACAACCCGGCCAAGCCGGUCCUGCUUCCGGGCCCGACCUGCGACCGUUUCUACAAGUGCGAGAGUGGCCGCGCCUGCGAGACCCUCUGCCCGGGCGGUACCCACUUCAAUGCCCGCGAGCAGGCGUGCGACUGGCCGCACCGUGCCUGUUGCGACCCGAACAUUGAGUGCCGUCCGGAUCCGUGCGGACCCAGCGGUGACUGCGGAGGCGGUGACAGUCCGAUCGUUCCAGCACCCCCACCACCUCCACCACCACCACCACCACCGGCGCAGCCCCCGUGCAGCGGUGGAGGCAUCUGUGCCAUCAACUGCCCCGUAGACAACCGUUGCCCGAUGUUCGACGGCUUGAAGCCGACGCUCCUGCCCGGACCGACCUGUGGCGUGUACGCCAAGUGUAUCGCUGGACGCGCCUGCCCGAUGCAGUGCCCCGCUGGACUGCACUUCAACGCCGCCAAGCAGAUCUGCGACUGGCCGUUCCAGGCUUGCUGCGAUCCGAGCGUGGAAUGCCGCCCGGACCCAUGCGGACCCAGCGGUGACUGCGGAGGCGGUGGCGGUCCGAUCUAUCCACCACCCCCACCACCUCCACCACCGCCACCACCACCACAGCCCCCGUGCAGCGGUGGAGGCAUCUGCGCCAACAACUGCCCCGUAGACAACCGUUGCCCGAUGUUCGACGGCUCGAAGCCGACGCUCCUGCCCGGACCGACCUGUGGCGUGUACGCCAAGUGUAUCGCUGGACGUGCCUGCCCGAUGCAGUGCCCCGCUGGACUGCACUUCAACGCCGCCAAGCAGAUCUGCGACUGGCCGUUCCAGGCUUGCUGCGAUCCGAGCGUGCAGUGUCGCCCCGACCCAUGCCCGCCGGGUGCAUUCGGCUGUGGCCAGAACAACCAGAACAACCACUUCAACAACAACUGGAUGUGGGGUUAAGCGCAAUGCAGCAGCCUGCAGGAGGAGCUCGGAACGCCGCCACCGAUCUUGGAGAUCAUCAGCAGCAGCAACAACAACAACAACCACUGGGCUUCCGGCUCCGCCUGCAAAUCCAUCACGCUAGAUGCUAGGUAAGAGUUUGCAAUAGCCUUUAAACUUGAUGGCAUUAUCAGACGAAGGUGGCUAUUCCUAACACACAAAGAACACGAGCCCCGAGAAUAUACGAGCACUUCUAACAAUUA